UGCCUUGGCGGCCAGAGAGCGGAGACGGAGACGCCGAGAGAGAGCCCGGCUCUGCGGAGGGGGCCCUCCGGGGGACUCGGUGGCAGCGCCCUGAAUACUGAAGUGUUUACUACAACCUUCUACCAUGCGUGAAUACAAGCUAGUUGUUCUUGGCUCAGGAGGUGUUGGAAAGUCUGCCCUGACUGUACAGUUUGUUCAAGGAAUAUUUGUUGAAAAAUAUGAUCCUACAAUAGAAGAUUCAUAUAGAAAGCAAGUUGAAGUAGAUGCUCAACAAUGCAUGCUCGAGAUCUUGGACACUGCAGGAACGGAACAAUUUACGGCAAUGAGAGAUUUGAACAUGAAAAAUGGACAAGGCUUUGCAUUAGUGUACUCCAUCACAGCACAGUCCACAUUUAAUGAUUUACAAGAUCUUCGAGAACAGAUACUUCGAGUUAAAGACACUGAUGAUGUACCAAUGAUUCUUGUUGCUAACAAGUGUGACUUGGAAGAUGAAAGCGUCCUAGGAAAAGAGCAAGGACAGAACCUAGCAAGACAAUGGAACAACUGUGCAUUCUUAGAAUCUUCUGCUAAAUCAAAGAUAAAUGUUAAUGAGAUCUUUUAUGACCUAGUCCGGCAAAUUAACAGAAAAACUCCAGUGCCUGGGAAGGCACGUAAAAAGUCGUCAUGUCAAUUGCUUUAAUAAACAGAUGCAUUGUAGCUCUGAGCCAGGUCUGAAGAACUGUUGCCCAGUUCAACAGUGCCAGCAGCAUUCCAACUUUAUUAAACCUACCAACAUCUUAAGCGGACUUUCCUGUGGUGGUACCCUUUAAGAAGUGGAUGAAAGCUACUAUAUCAGUUUGCACAUUCUAAUCACUUUGCAGUGUCACCAGAGAUUUUUACUUAAAGUAGUCUGAGUAUGCAACUGGUAAAACCAGAGGCUACAUC